CAGGAACGAGGAAGACAAACUUUUUUGAUGCUACCGUCGACACUCACUUGGACAUGAACACAUAAUACAUGUAUGUAUAGUGACAUACAUGUAGCUAUGAGGCAAAAAGGAUCGUGAGCUAUUGCACUCAUCUACAUGUGAUAGCAGUCUCAAUAUGUCCUGAUUGAUUGAAUUUAGCUCUUUAGCUACUGGUAUUCUGGAAGAUCAUCUUUGGCAGGUUUUAAUUAAUAAAUGUACAGUUUUGAAUCUUUGGCAAAAGUUUGCAUUUUCUGUGUUUCUGAGGGUUUUGCAUCAUUAAAAAGAAACCGAAAUUGCAUGUAGCGGGUACCUGGAGUACCUCGGUACAUCAGUUUGUUUUGUUCACUGCAUGUAGUGAGGUUAUACGUGCAGUAGGCAUGGUAGGACUGAUCUGCAAUUGGCUUUUUUGUUCACAUUGAAUUUUGUAAAGAGCAUGUUACAGAUAUGUAGAUUUGCGUACAUGUACAUGUAGGUACUGGCACAUACACUGUACAUGUACAUACAUGUACCAUCGUACACUGUACGUGCACUGUACAUUUACGUACAUGUACAGUGCAGUGUUGUACUGGUACAUUCUUGUACUGUACCAAUGAGAUACCUGUACAAAACAGGUGAAUUCACCCUUUAUAUAAUAUUUUGUACUACAUGUAUGCAUCCUUGGUGUGGUGGACCUGUUCCAUUUAACCCUCAUGUACAUGUACAUGUACCAGUAAGAUUUCAUAUAUUCAUAUUCAUUUCAUAUUUAUGUACAUGUAUUUACAUUAAUUAAGUACGGUAUGUCAAAAGUAAAACUGACCCAGGUCACAUUACCUGUAACUUACAAUGCAGGUCCACUUUUGAAAUUCAGCGACUUUCAUCAUGUUCAUUAGGCAAGCAUAAAAGAUGUACUAAUAUUAGUACAAUAUUAAUGUAGAGCUACACGUAUACAUGAAGAACCUGCAUCAAACUGCAUCAUAUCGGUACGUCCAAUUGUCCAUACCGGUACAUUAAUGUGAACUGCCCCCCAACUCAUGAAUUGUUAAAUUUCCACAGCAUUCCUCCCCUGAAUUAUAAUGCCUCAACCGUAUCCCUCCUUGACAAGCUUCCGUCUGCACUCUGCUGUGCCCUCACGCGAACUGACCAAUGUGCCAGUCUGUCAUUAGUGUCUUUUGUACAUGCACUUUAUUUGGAUUUCUUUACACGUCGACUGUGAACAUUUUGAAGGAGAUGGAUGGUGCAGAGAGUACAUGUAGCAAUGAAAAGGAGACGAAAGGCAUCAGUGACGAAACUAAAAAUGAGGAUGGAAUGAAAGAGGGAAUACUGCAACCUCCAGAAUUAAACACUGGGGGAUACCCAUCCAAGGCCAGCAGACAUCAUGAUGCCUUUACUUCUCACCAGUAUGAACCCAGGACGACACCUGUGGAGAACAAGGUGAUGUCAUACGGCAGGACAACCCCGCUCAAACAAGUAGAGCAUUCCGUGAGUUCCCAACCGUCCUCUCUCUAUGGCCAGCCUGCAUGGUGGGGCCAGGAUGACACAGAGAAAGAGGAGGGGCAAGUGAAGGAGAAGGACGAAGGAGGACGCAAAGCGAGGACUUUAGACUACGCACCCAAUGGCAAAGACGUUGAUGCUAUUUCCAAUCACCCAAAUCAUAAGUAUUUGGAACGUCCCACUAAGCUACCCCUCAAUGAGGCCGAACGGGAAUAUGACAUCCCAGUCCAUGUGUAUACCCGCCCUGUCACCGACCUCAACCCCACCACACCCGCCAAGCGGCCUCCGACCCCAGAGCACACUGAGGUCACCCUGGUGUCGGCCUCGGAGAAGCACGUGGGCUUCACCAUUGAGUUCAACGCCAAGGACGACGCCCCCAAACUGUCCAUGAACGAGAGCCUGAGCGAGUUUGUGCCGGCGGGCGUCAAGAGCAAGAUUGAGGGUAGCAGCAAGAUGGUGGAGGAGAUGAAGGCUGAGAGAAUGAAGAAGAACCUAUCGGAAGACCCAGACAGCUACCAGUCCCCACGAAUGUCACCAUCAGCUGUCCAGAAACUCAACACCAUGUGGGCCACUGCUCCUGGCAAGAAGGGUGCCAGAGCAGGCCAAGGGGACUCCAGGUCUGCUAAUAACUCAGAAGCUGGUAAAGUUGAUGCAGCAAAGCAGUUAAAAAUGCGGCCGAACAUAUCAGCCAGGCAACCCGUGCCCUCCAAAUCUGGCCCAGUCAAGUCACAGACUUCGCACAGCCAUCACAGGAAUGAGGAUCACAAUGACCACAAUGGGGACAAUGUGAGCGAGUCCGGGACCUACACUAUCGAGAGUGAGAGCCAGUCUAAGGAAGUAUUGGAGGCGCGGUCAAAAAUCGACGAGGUGUUUGGGGUGGGCGCGAGCAUGGACGCCAAGCAGGGCAGUGACGAGGACACCGACAAGGAUGUUGGGGAUGAGGAGAUUCAGGAGGAGGUGGUUACCAUGGAAACCGUCGCAACCCAGGAGAUGGAUGUCAGUAGAUAUUUGGACCAGGAGUAUGGCAAGCCUGGUGAUCAGGAAACUGCAAAACCUCCUUUUCAGCCAAAGCCUCCCUCUACUGGAUCAUCUACUGCUCCAGCCUGGGUCCGUCAGUGGGCUGUACUUGCCAGCAAAGACACGGGCCACCGAGAGCAUGGCCUAUCUCCACGCAGCGACACCUCACAGAGUCCCAGAGAUCUCAGUCAAGGCACAGGAGUCCAGGAGGAAGCAUCCAGCAGAUCUCCUAAUCAGGUUGGGCAGGCCCCUACUGCCCCACCAAGGAGGUCAGGCAAACGCCGCUUGCCGGCAACCCCACCGGAGAGGGGUGACCGGCAAUCGCCCCAACCGACCACUCCUGAGGAUUCUACCAGAGCGAACGGCUUACAUGUAAGACAGUCACCAUCCAGUGCCUUCUACAGUCCUCGCAACCGAGACCGUGUUGUUGCUCCCCAACAGGAAGAGCCAGCUACAAAUGAUGCUAAUGUUUCCUGGAGAGAACUGUCAACACACUCAAACCCUGCAGUGUUUGUAAGCAAAGCAGGGGCAGAAGUGGGAUCGCCAUCAACGCUGCAGGCACGUGAAGAUGAGGACUUCCACACAGAGGUUUCAAUGGACACAGAGAUCCUCCUGAAGGAUACAGAAACAUUUGUGAAGAGUCUGGAGAUGCGUAUGCGUGAACGGCAGCGGUCAACUCCCUCACCGGACAUCUCAGAGUCUUACGACCUUUCCCAUCGCUCAUUUGAUGGUGACAUUGAUACAGACUUGGACACAGCCAGCUGCGUAAGUCUAGUUGGCACCUCUGGAGCAAAUCCCCCAAGGGGCAACCAAGCCAGUCUUCCACCUUCAGGAUAUCAGGGUAACAGGAGCGCUCAUGAUCAGAGGGUAGACUCCAAGAGUAAAACUCCUGAUGACAAGAACAAAAAGGGCAGUAUCUGGAACCGUUUAUCACAGCCUUCCAGAUACAAACGCAGUGAGAAAACUGCACCAAGCAAAGACUCCUCUGUCACUUCUGACUGCAUGAGCGACUCCGUGGACUCAACACCAUUCCGACGAAACACCAGUGUAACGGGAUCACUUCCAACCGGCCGCGUCACUGGUCGCAAAACUCCCAGAGAUUCUGAGAGCAAGGAGACGAGUCCCAAAAUCAUACACAAGAUCAAGGCUAACCUCAGCAAGCCACGGCAGACCCGGAGCACGAUGUUGCGCCGGUCCCGCUUUGAUGGCAAAGACUCCCCCGGCCCCGAUCAGGGUGACCUUAGCCCCAGCUCCAGCAUCUCAGACAUGAGCAGCUCCCGAAACUCAUCCAUGUUGCGGCGAUCCAUACCAUCUCAAAAGGAAUCUGUGGCCAGGUGUCAGAGUCCCAAGGACCUGCACUCCAGGACAAAGACUACCAGCGCAAGGAUUGACACCGGCAGGCCGAGGGCCACUAGCCGCAGCAGUGAGCAAACUCCACGGAGUGAGCUCAGCCUUGGUGGGCAGAUCGUUCAGCAGGCACGCUCUCAGUCGAUGCGGGAACGUAAAGCAAAUGCUGGGGAGACCAGCGCCAGAAUCAUGGGUAAGGUUCAGACCUCAUCAACUCGGACCAUCACGUCAACGUCAUCCAGGAAGAACUCCCAGAGCUCCAUGGACUCUUCCAUAAUCAAGAAAACUGCCACUGGGGCUUGGAGAAGAUAUAAGGAGCCAGAAACAUCAGCUGAUGCAGUAGAUGCCUACAUCAAGUCCGUCACUAGUCGCCAGUCCUCGGUGUCUAGUGCUGACGAGAGCAGCAUCAAAUCGGCACCAGCCUACAACUACUACAAGCCCCACAGCAACAGCAGCCCACCCCUGCAGCCCCAGCAGCACCAGCAGCGGACAGCGACCUCCAUGCAGCACCUGGCUGGAGGGGCACACUACCAGCAGCACCGACAGAGGAGGAGCAGCAGGGGGGAGGAAGAUGUCGCCCAAGCCAGCAACUCACUGGCUGAGAGCCUACAGAGGCUGGCCAAAGGGGAGAGCACGCUAGGAGUGGCCGUGGAGCACAUACCAAAAGAUGAGCUUCUCUUCCAUUUUGUGAGAAUGAUGGAUGAGAUAUUGGCAGAGGAUACGGUUGGUGUCGGCGGGAGGGAGACGCAUCCCGGAGAGAGAGAGAACUACAAGCAGCCAUUGCAACGUUCAACGUCGCUGGGCUACAACAACACCGAAGGCAUAUUUGCAAGGUCCCAACCAUCUGCCCAGCCGGGCAGCCCACCAGUGGCACUGAAACACAAACAGUGGACCAAGCCAGAGUCAUUUGACAUGCUGGUGAUGUCUUCAAUAAAUCAUCUGUCCAUAAAGCUGAAGGACUCAACCGACAAAGUGGCAUACAAACUCAAGAAGCUGCAGUCUCCCAAUGCCACAGAUGCUGAGCUGGCAGAAGUCUUGAAGGAUGCAGAUUCACCCCUGCUGAAGACGCACAACAAGGAAAUUGCCAACAUCUUGAAGAAUUUGAGACAAUUAGAGAAAAGACUCUCAGAAAUCCACACAAUGAUCGACCCCCAUGACCAGAUUGAGGUCCCAGAGCAGCUGACCCCCGCUGCCCAGAUACGGCGCAAGUAUAUCAGCGACUACGGCGGUGCCGCCGGGAGCACCAGCACGAGCACGACACGAGGCUCAGGGGUCCAGUCCAAGGCACAGCAGUGGGGUAAAAGUGGGCCGGGGUCGGGGGCAAGCCCGGGGAGUAACGGACCUGGGCCUGGUGACACACCAAGGUCAGCCAGGAGUGAUGAGUCAGAGUAUUAUGUGUAGAAAGACUCAGGCAAGAUUUUUGCAUUGUUUCUCGCUUUAGCUGCAAGAAUCAUUCAGAAGUCUUAGACCCAAAUUCCUCUUAGGUAUUUUUGAUGGAGUACCCCUUCUUGAUCCUUCAAAAUCCUCCACUCCACAAGAAAAUAUAUGAAAUAUAUGAACUAUAAAUGCACCUUUGACUCAAAGCCACUGGACGCCUGCGAAUAGUGAAACAGCAAUACAGGCUAUGAGACGCAGCUUAUUUUGCACACACAGCAUUAAAGUAUGUACUUUAAAUGUCAUGUCUGGGUUGAAGUCAAGAUGUCUGUGGUUCAGACCGCAUGCCAGUGUUGUAGACAUCUGCCUUACAUUAUAGGAUUUGUCUUUGUGGAGAAAAAAAAUCCAGACCUUUACUCAGCUGCAGUCUCCCCAUGCCUUAAACCAUGAAUUAAUUGAGAGCUUGAAACUAAAGAUAGAGAGAACUGGCAGUGACAUUUUUGAUGAUUGGUGUUAUUAAGCCAUGCCGAAAUCCACUUCAAAUGUGAGGGGGAAAAAUACAGUACAAAAUCACACAGUUGCAAAAAACUAUGGGUAAAGACACGGUCCUUCAACCGAAUGGCCGAGUUUUUUCAUUUUUAUCCUCAUGGAAUAACCCUGCCUGUCAUUUCACUUGCUGUUUUCUCCUAUUUUUGGUAAGAUCUUUUGAGACACAAUCAGAGGAAGGGUAAAGGAUAAUCCAGACUAAGGGCAUUUAUCCAAGGUUACUAAACUUGAAAUCAAUUAUUUUGGGCAAACAUACAGAUCAGGUAAUGCUGUCCUUAUUUUUAAAGUGGAAGAUUUGUGUCUGCCCCUUAACCUCACCAGUCCUUAUGGACAGAAGUGUCCGAUUUUUGCAUCAAAUGUUAUUCCAUUGUCAAAGUAAAUAAUGCCCUUUAGCAUGAGGAGUUCUACUGUGGUAUCUUCAUGUAUAGACCUUUUUCAUCCAUGUGACUAAAUGUAAACAAUACCACCACAUCACAAUACUAUGCACUCAUUAACAUCACAACACAUCAUAGGUCCAGCACGAUCGUGACAUCACAGGAAAAAGGUCUAUAGGUCCACCUGAAACAUGCGUAUUCAUGACCAGCUCCAGCUUUGUAUAUUCAAAGCCAACUGCAGCUUGCAUAUUCAUAGGGCCACUUUUUCAACAUGUACAUGUUUCUCUUGGAGACCUUGUGUAGCAGUGACAAGCAUAUUGAGCGUUCAUGUCAGAUAUGGCUUGUGUUGCUUCUAGAUAAAUUAUCCUACAGGAGAAAUGCAAUAUUACCAGGGUUGUAUGGCAGCAAUGCUUGAUAUGCAUCCAAUUUGUGCAGAGUAAUAUAUUAAAUGCAAAUUUAUGCAAAAUAUGCAGUGACGCACCCAAUUUCAUAAAAGAAAAAGUACUGACAUUGACAAUGGGUAGGAGUUUAACAACAUCUUUUCAAAAUGUAGAUAGUGUGCUUGUAUAGAUGCAUAAAAACAGAAGCAUAUUCCUGCUUUGAUGUGACGUUGCCUACUUAUGCCACUCAAAGAGAGUUCUGCAUAGCUGCCGAACAAACUCCUAUAGAUACACUUCUGAACCAAUCCUUAAAAAAUUGUCGACGUGAUCCGAUGAUUCUACCCCUUCCCGCCAAGAACUCGGCGGUGCUGCGAUGGAUUGUUAAAACUUAGUGGGCAUGUAAAGACACUCCUUAUCAUUACAGAUGUAAAGUUUGAACUCAAUCAGAGAUAUGGUUUUGUUGUUAUGAUCAUUUGAGGUUCAAGGCUACAUGCAUGCCAUGCAUUGAGAACCACAGUGUAAAAAGUAGACAUUUUCCUGGCCCGUCUAUACGCGCUGUGCAAGAAUGGUAUGUUAGAUUUUUGCAAUAUUGGUUUCAAAAUGUCUGAAAAGAGUUACCCUGAACUCAUCUAAAGGCUUAACUCCUUGAAAAACAUGCACUCUGACGUGAAACAUCUAUACAUAUGCCCAAAAGGUGUCAUAUUGAUCAGUUUCUACAACUGGCUCUCAACUUUCAAUGAUUUUGACCCGAAUGGAAUACCAUUCUGCUCUUUUGUAAUGCAGUGUAAUGAAAGUGCCAUCACUGCAGCUGGCUUGACUUACUUCAAGCCAAAGGCUGUAGAAGAUGCUGCUGUUUGCCAUGAGCAUGUCCAUUUGUCUUAAUGACAGCUGAUUCAAACAUGUCCUUAGCUCUUUGCCCAAGGACAAAGAUGCGAGUUAGUACGUAAACCACAGCCAAUGAUGACAUUGCGACUUGUUGCCUACGUUAUGAAUUUAGUCAGCCCCUCCCAGCGCAGCAGUCAUUAAGUGUGAUUUGAAGCUGGGACCCCUGGUGUUUGUUGUGAGCUUUCCUUUAGUGACUGGCAGACAGACAUUGGUUGUUACCCAUCCAAAAAACUGAGGUUUUAAAAAUCACCUUUUGUAUCUAAAUCAUUGGUUACCAAGCGACAUCAGCAUUUCUGCUUUACAAUAAUCUGUAAAAAGAAUGUAUAGUUAUAUUUUAUGCAUGCCUGCUGGUGUGAGAAUACAGCUAUUUUAAAGGUGCCUUGUGUGCAAGUUAUCCAUCCAUAUAGAUGUUGUUACAACCGUAAUGCAAUAAUUAUAAACCAAAGUUGUCUUUGCUGGUUGACUUUAGGUAAUGGUUUAUGAUUGAAAGGCGAAAAUGAACUGCUGGCUGUGUCAGCGUUUCUUUGAGGUUGAUGGUACCGGCUGAACAGCCUGAGGUUUUUAAUUUAGGGAAUAUUUGUCCCUUAACUCGACUCCAAAACCUGAUCUUGCUUACAUAUGCGCCUUGCAUGUAGACACCCAAAUUCUCCCAAAUUUUUAUAACAGCGGUUAUCUAUUGAAAUAUUCAUUGGGCUACAUGGAGGAAAGAUCAUGAUUUUAGGGGUUUUUAACUGGUUUAAUUGUAAGUCACAGUUUGUUAGUUCACUGCAAUAACUGGGGUGUUAAAUUUACCCCCUCCCCUGGUGUUAUCAGAGGACUACACCAACACUGUUCAAUGGUGUUAAAAUUUU